AUGGAGACUGUUAAGCUUUGUCAGAGUGAGAAUAGGAUUUUGAUGAGUGGUGAUAAUGUUGAUGAAGCUGCAUCGUUCAUUGAAGCAUCAAAAGAUGCAAAUCUAGUGUCGCUUUCUCGAUGCUUCUUUUCAAAUUGGCUAGAUCCAAUCUCAGCUUUCCAAUGUUUGGUGGGGAAAAAGAAUUGGAAACCAGGCGUUAUUCUUGAAUCCAACUCCGACGACUCAUCUUCUUCAGGUCGUUAUAGUGUGGUGGGAGCUCAACCAAGUAUACAUGUAAGGGCAAAAAAUGGCAAAGUCAAAAUCAUGGAUCCCAUGAAGGAUAACGUAUUGAAAGACGAAGAAUUUGCGUUUCAUCCGUUCAGCAUUCCAAUAAAAAUGUUAGAGCAAUGGAAACCUAAGUCAGUGGGUCAACUUCCAGAUACAUUUUGUGGUGGAUGGAUAGGCUAUUUUUCGUAUGAUGCAAUGCGAUAUCCAGAUUGGAAAAAGUUGCCAACGUCAUGGACACCAUUUGAUGACGUACGGAUUCCUGACUUUAAUAUAGACCUCUACCAGGAAGUGGUUGUAUUUGAUCAUAUGGAAAAGAAAGUGUAUAUCAUACAUUGGGUGAGGCUUGAUGUGUAUCCGUCGGCAGAGAAAGGUUAUGAAGAAGGAGUGAGACGUUUGAAUAUAGUAACUUGGGUGGAGCAUGAGCCGAGUAGUCUGUGCUGGAGGGAGGAAGAGUUCAGUGGUUUAAGGAUGGACUCAGAGUUGAGUAGCGAGUUAUACAAAGAGGGCGUGGCUGUAGCAAAGGAACAAAUUGUUAAAGGGGAGCUUUCUCAUUUACUUCUAGGUCUGCGUUUCAAGUAUGGAAUUGGAGCCCAUCUUUUCAAUAUUUACAAGUAUGGAACUGGACCCCACCCUUUCGAUGCCUACAGAGCAUUGAGGAGCUUAAUUCCCAGUCCAUACAUGACUUACUACCAAACUGGAUCUUGCCUAGUAGCUGCCUCUUGUCCCAUAAUUCUUACCCGUGUCAAAAAGGUUUUAAAAGAUGGGUCGAUGAAGAUAGAAAAGCGGAAGAAAGUAGAAGUAAAUCCACAUUUAAUUCACAUAAUCUCCACGAUAAGAGGGGAAUUAGUUGAGCAUCUAACAAGCUGGGAUGUGUUGCAAAUUGCAUUAGACAUUGGAACUGUUAUUGGGAGACCCRAGAUGAAAGCAAGACGAAGCUUAUAUGGAGGUGGGUUUGGUACAUUAAGUUUCAAUGGUGAUAUAGAAAUGGCACUCGCUCCAUGGACCAUCCUAACUCCAUCACGUUAUUAUGGUUGCGAAAUGCUGCUUCAAACUAGUGCUCUCAUAGUGGCUCAAAGUAGUCCUGACCAUGAACACCAGGAAUGCCACAACCAAGCUCUUGCUUUGGCUAAGGCCAUUGCUUUAGCAGGAGCCAGUUUUGUCGACCCUGAUCCCCGAUAUUAA